UCGACUGUCAGUCUGUUAGAGCAGACGAAACUUCCUGUUUUGAAUUAUUUCACAGAAGGGGACGUGAAGAGAGCUUUUAUUUUAUACGUUGUCUUGAUGCCAAUAAAAUAACUCGUUUUAAACCAUAAUUCUUAUUGAGUUCGGAUUUAGAGGAGCUGCGGAGAGGUUUAUGAAUAAUGGCGUUUGUGAUCCAAAGGAAGAGAGAAAAAAGAAAGAAAGAAACAGAUAAAAGAAGAGAAACAAUAAAAACGGUAAAGAAAAGAAAAGAGUGAAGAAUGAAGUUGUGUUGUGUGUUUGUCGAUGCUGCAGCUGCCUGACCAAUGGGAGGAGGUUCUGAUGACGGUGAUGAGACCUGGACCAAUCAGAGCAGACAGCCGCUGUGUCAACACCGUGCCCGACGACGACCACCAGGUCGUCUCUCUUCACCCCGGCUCACGGUAUGUGGCUCUGCCCAGACCGGUUUGUUUUGAAUCUGGGCUGAACUACACGAUCCGCCUCAGUCUGCCGCUGUACUCGGCGCUCAGUGACGUCCAGUCUCCGUACACACUCAUCGACUCGAUCGUGUUGAUGCCUCACUGUAAAAGCCUGGACAUUUUCUCGUCCUCGGAGGGAGGAGACUCCGGCAGGAACGGUGGCUGGGAAAUGUUUGAGCGCUAUCGCUGUCUGGAGAACAGCCAGAGCGUCAUCAAGUCGCCGAUGACCGACAUCUGCAGAAACUACAUCUUCAGCAUCUCCGCCAUGUUACACCAGGGAGCCAAAGAAUGCCAGUGUGACCCUCAUGGCUCCCUCAGCACCGUGUGUGAUCCCAGCGGCGGUCAGUGUCAGUGUCGCCCCAACGUGGUCGGCAGGAACUGUGACCGCUGCGCUCCGGCCACUUUCCAGUUCGGACCAAAUGGCUGCAGAGCGUGUGCGUGCAACCCUCUGGGGUCUCGGAGUUCGUUCUGCGAUCAGCUGAGUGGUCAGUGUGAGUGUGUCUCCGGAGCGUACGGACGUCAGUGUGAACGCUGCCUGCCGGGUCACUGGGGCUUUCCCACCUGCCGACCCUGCACCUGCAACGGACACAGUGACCACUGUGACCCCGUCACCGGGCGCUGCAUCGACUGCAGGGACCACAGCACUGGACACACCUGUGACAGGUGUCUGGACGGUUACUAUGGCGACCCAACGUUGGGGUCAGGUGACCACUGUCGUCCCUGCCGGUGUCCCGAUGGCCCCAGCAGCUUGCGGCAGUUUGCAGAAAGUUGUUACCGUGGCGAAGACUCCCAACAAGCCGUGUGUGUCUGCCAUACUGGAUACAAAGGUGCUCGCUGUGAUGAGUGCUCACCUGGUUACUAUGGAAACCCUGGGGAGGCAAAGGGGCGGUGUCAGCCGUGUCAGUGCAACAACAAUAUCGACCUGUUGGACCCCGAGUCCUGCAACGCGGCGACCGGAGAGUGUCUGCGCUGCUUGCACCACAGCGAGGGCGCCGCCUGCCAACACUGCAAGCUGGGUUAUUACGGCAACGCCCUGCUGCAGGACUGCAGGAGUGA